AGAAAGUCAAGCAUAUAAAAAUACACAAGGAAAUGAAGAGGGAGGGUACAAAGUAAUGAAUGAUUAUUUUCACCGGAGAACUAAAUAUUGGCUGCCACCACCUCCACGAACACCAAACAGAUUGACUUGCCAAACUGCCCAGUGUGAGGAGAUGGCCAAGUAGGGUUUCAACUAUAAUGACCUUCAUCUGUCCACUGGAGUCACAGAAAGCAUCAAUUUGUUAAUGGUCUGAAGAGAAACGGCUAUCUCAGAGAUGUCAAGGAUGGAAAUAGAGCUGAACAGCAUGAACAACACCAGUGAUGGGAGUCCAGCUGUCAAUGGGAGUGAAAAUGAGCAGAAGAGCAUAACAGCCCUCGAUGAAUUACUGGAACAGGAACUCAAGGAAGACGAUUCAGUUGACUGUUUCAUCAAGAGAGUUGGGGAUGCAAGUGAAGACAGCUCAGAAUUUGGCCUGAAUUAUGAGGAGGCACCAGUUGUAUCCAGCUCUGCCUUCUACAGUCCCAAGGAAGAUACAAGCACAGAUAACAAUUCUCUGUUGGAAAAGGAGUUUGAAGACACGCUAAACAAGGGUCAGGAAGUGCCUUUCACUAGUGACACAGACAAUCUCCCAAGUGGUGAGGAAGAAACUGCUGGUGAAGAAGAAACUGCUGGCGAGGAAGAAACUGCUGGCGAGGAAGAAACUGCUGGUGAGGAAGAAACUGCUGGCGAGGAAGAAACUGCUGGCGAGGAAGAAACUGCUGGGGAGGAAGAAACUGCUGGUGAGGAAGAAACUGCAAAAGAUGACAUACCUGCAACAAACACAGGUGUGGAAGAUAUUCAUGAAGGUACAAAAGAAACUGAAGACAAAGGGAAAGCUGAACUGGAAAGUAAAAUGGAUACAGAUUCUAUGCAGAAUGAAGAGAAUGAAGAAAGCAUGAUUACUGAAGAGGCAGACAAUGAAGUGAAGGAUCAGGUUGAUGAAAAGGAGUGUGUUGUGGAGGAUGAACCAAAGGAAAAGGAAACUGGUGAUGAAGUGCCUGAUUUGACAGAGAUGAAGUCACCAUCAGAAGCACCUAACAGUGACACUGACCAAACAGAAAAAGAUACUGAUGGCCAGAGUACAAAAGCUCACAGUACCAAAGAGGGUCACAGGGAUGUAUUAUAUCUUGUAUUCCAUCCAAAAGAACAAGAGAACAAAAAGUGUGAGAAAUCUAAGGAAAGUCUGGUAAAGGUGCAGUGCAGUGAGACCUCAACAACAAGUGGCAGUGUCAUAAAAAUUAACACAGGUGCUGACAAAUCUGUAGCCAAGGCAGUGCCCAGUAUUGCCUCUGGCAGUGAAACUAAGAAAGGUCAAGAAGUUGGUAAAUCAAUCAUUGUCAAGAAAAUUACUGCCAAAAUUGUAAAGGACAGCAACACAGCCACAACAAAGGCAGGUAAUGAACAUGAAGUUAAUGACCGUACAAGUGAACAGCCAUUGUGCAGCACAAAGCCCUCUGAACCAGAAGAGCAACCACAAAAUAAAUCUGAUGACACAAAAGGAGGACAGUCAGAGAAACAAACACUUAAUGAUGAUGCUGGUAAUGUGAAAACUGAAAAGCCCAAGAUAAUUUUAACUAAAAAGGUUUAUGGAAAUCGUAGAAGUCCCCGAAAAGCAAAAAUUCCUACCACAGAGGAUGGAGGUGCCACAAAUAUGGACACACAAGACCAUCACAAUAAUAUAGAUAAUAAAAAAGGUAGUGAAGGGAAAACCCUGUCAGACAAGCUGAAACUUAAAGGAAAUGAAAGUGGUGAGAGUACUGAGAAGAGAACAGCAAACAUUGGAACUCUGAAAAGAAAAUUUGAAGAAAUAUGCCGGAUAUCACGGGAAGAAGAGGGUGCUGCAAUAGAAGAAAUUAAGAAAAUGAAAAAGGAAACUUUAGAUGUUCUCAAAAAGAUUAAUGCAGAAAUGGAAAAACUUAAAAAGGUUUUUUUGGCAAGGAAGUAAAAACAAGUUAAUAAAAAGACACAAAAGGAAAAAAAGUACAAGUAUGUGUGUUUAGCAUAGAUGUUUUGUCAUGAAUUCAUUUAUAAAAGAAUGACUAUAUUGUGAAAAAGUAAAAAUCAGGAACAAUCAAUGUAUUUUAUAUAUAUAUAUACCUAACUUAUACAAGUGAUUUCUUUAUUUUUAUUCAUAAUGUCUUGAUUACUGGUAAAUGUGAAAAUGUAAAUUACUAAGAUGUGUAACUGCUGGCAUUAAAUUAUAAGGUAAAAUGUACAAGUGUUUUGUACAUUUAUUUGUGCAAUUAGUGAGAGUGUGAAGUGUUUGAUGAAGCAGUGCAUGCUAGCUAGUGUAUUUUGUAACGUUUCAGUUUUAUGUGUAUUUCAAGGCAGGUAAAAUUGACAUUUUUGCUUUUAAUUACUUGGAAACAAAAUUGAUUAAAUCUGUUGUGUAAUAGGAUAUGUUGAUUACCCAUUACAAAUGAGAUCAUUUUAUAUUUUCAGUGUAAUUACCACAAUAGAGAUUAAGUAAAUCUUUAAAGUACUA